AAUUUAGUAUGCAAUAAAACGGACAUUGUGACACAGUUCCUUCAUUUACUUUUCUGAAGAAUCCAGAGUGUUGUAUGAUGGAAAUAAAAUAAAGAUAAAGAACGCAGAUUUUUCAUUUCAAAAAUUCCGACUCCUCUGUGGCGACUAAAGGUAACGGACCCAAAAAAGCUUUAAAAAAUCAUGUGCUACCCUAGAUCAUGUUUACUCUUCUGUGCUGUUUUGAUGGCUCUCUUCUGUACCGGAAUUGGCAAAUUCAAUUCAUCAAAUGAUAAGGUUCAUGAUUUGACUAAUUUGGUGGAAACGAAAGAUAUAUUGGAGGAUUCCGUCCAUGAUUAUCUUCAGAGACAGGAAAAUCGAUUAGCCACUCUCAGGAAACAUAUGAAAGAUUAUUCGAAGGAACACGAGGAGGGAAUGCGAAAAGUCACCCAAAUUCUGAGUGAUAUAAGUCCGAAAAGUUAUGUUGAUAAUGAUGAGAAGAUUAAGGAAAAAGCUGCGGAAGGCGACCCCAGACUAAGCCAUCUAUCUCAAUAUAACGGGUCAACUUAUAUGGGGCUUUGUAAUGGAGAAAUUUUACUUCCUGCGCAUAUUAAGAAACAAUUGAAAUGCCGAUAUGUCGAUCGCGGUAUUCCUUUUCUAAAAAUAGCACCCUUUAAAGAAGAAGAAGUCUUUCUGGAACCUAGAAUUAUUUUAUACCACGACGUAAUUUACGAAGAGGAAAUAGAGUUUUUGAAAAAAUUUGCAAAGCCCAGGUUAAGGGGUGCAAUAGUGGCAAAUUAUGGCGAGAAUACCAAUAUUCAAAAUAAAUCUUCAUCAAACAGAAUUUCUCAAACUGCUUGGUGUGGCGAUCACGAACAUGUACACGCGAAGAUUCUGAAUCGUCGAGUGGAGCAUAUGACUAGUUUGACGGUGAACUCAUCCGAGUCACUACAAAUAGGUUAUUACGAAAUCGGAGGCCUUUAUUUACCGCACCAUGAUUUUGUUAGGAAAGAUAAACUGGACUCUGUCAUAUAUUUCAAACAAAGGGGCAUUGGAAAUCGUAUAGCCACGGUUCUGUUUUAUCUCAAUGACGUCCAGGAAGGAGGGGGUACAGUUUUCCCUGACUUAAAUUUGACCAUAUGGCCUAAAAAAGGAAGCGCAGUAUUCUGGUACAACCUCAAACGAAAUGGAGAAGGAGAUAAUCUAACUUUACACGGAGCAUGUCCAGUAAUAUCUGGAACAAAAUGGAUUGCGACUAAAUGGCUGCACGAAAUAGGUCAAGAAUUCAUCAGGCCCUGUACUUUAUUGGAAAAUGAAUAAGUCAUCUAAGAGGAAGAUGAUUAAAAAAAUGGAAAAUCAAUUCUCUGGAAUAACAAAAAUCUGACAACAUUUAGAAAUAAAAUUAAACUAAAUCAAAAGAAUAAACAUCAAAGAUAA